GGUGAAAGUGGCGAGGAACAAACUUCACUAAUUGACGAAAGUGAAGGAAAAAAAUUGAGAGAAACCAGGCUCACAACCAAAUCUCCUCCGGUCAAACUUUCUGCUCAGAGCUGCAGUCUAGGUGCCGGAGGCUGGAGAACGCUGGACGUCCAUCGUUGAGAAGCUGCAGAUUCUCCUCUGUGGAACUUGAAGCCAAGAGCUGGAGAAAUACUUCAAAUAGGCACGAAAUCCUCAAUUCUUAUAGGCAAUUCCCUUAGCGGCACACAUUCCUGGACUGCAAUUUCAACCAAGGAAUACCCCUGUCCUACUGUUGCCUAGAGCCCCUGUUGAGGUUGUGGGGUAAAGCUGCUACUGUACAAUAGCGUUUCCCUCCCAGAUCCAGACACUGUUUCAUGUACACAGACACAAACACACACCUUUGGCUGCUCCUUUGAUGACAGACACCAAACUCUGUUUUUCCACAGAACCUCCAGGAUGCAUCUGUUCUUAGUUCUUCCCCUGGUGCUGAAAGUCCAGUCUAUCUCCAUGGGCCACAAUGUCACCUGUGACUGUAUCUGCCAUGAGGGAUUCAAAAGUGCUUACUGCUCCAACAAUAAUAUCACCCAACUGCCCAUCGCUCUUCCACCAUUCACAGAAACCCUGAAUCUGUCCCACAACCACCUGAACACCAUCCCCCCACGAGCCUUCAACACCACACGAAAACUGCAUUUCCUUUACCUGAACGACAACAAUAUUAGCAUGUUAGCAGACGGGGCGUUCUUUCUACUGGAAGGUCUUAGGUGGUUGGACUUGAGUCGAAAUCAAAUAUUAUCCUUAAGUGAAGGGUUUUCAAAGGGUCUCAGUUCCCUUCAAGGUCUUUCACUGGCUGAGAACAGAUUAACCAGCAUGGAUAGCAGUUAUUUUCUCCACAUGGACUCAUUACAAAGACUCAAUCUCAGCCAUAACUCCAUCCACACCAUCAAAAUGAGGGCGUUUGGGUCCAUAAGUACGCUACGCCAGCUACAACUUGACUGGAACAAAAUAACGAUCCUCAAUAAUGGUAUCUUUUCCAUGCUGCGAAAUCUUGAAGACUUAAAUUUGCAUCACAACCAGAUACAUAGCUUGGACGUCGGGGUACUUUCACCAUUGACCAGCCUUGGUAAACUAGACCUUACCAACAACAACCUCUCCACGAUUCAAUUCAAGACCUUCUUGAGUCUCAACACGUACAGCACUCACAUAAUGCUGCGGGGAAACCCCUGGCGGUGUGACUGCGAUCUCCAACGAGUCUUCCAGAAGCUCUGUAACGUCAAACGGCUCUUUCUGGAUGACUACGACAGCCUCACUUGCUACUCAUUUAACGACGAAUUUAACGGAAACCACACUGUUUUUAAAGCGGUUGAGCUCUGUGUUGCAGAGAUGGUUACUGUCCUGGUCAUUACAAUCACUGUGGUCAUCACGGUUGUGGCGGCAAUUGUCAUGGCGGAGAAAAAAAGGAAAAAGAAGAACAAGGAAAAGCAUUGGACGGAAGUCGGCGAGGUGUCCUGUGGAUCACAAGACUGAAUGAAUGACAAAAUAUACAUUAAUCAAUAACUCAAACUCUGAUUGCUUAUUAAGAUGAUAAAAUCUCACGUGAACUGUAACUGAAUGGGCAAUAUUCACAGCUAGGCUGCGUCCAAAACCGCGUACUUCCAUACUAUACAGUAUGCUAAAAUCAGUUUGCUAGCAGAGUAGUAUGUCCAAAUUCAUAAAAUUC